AUCUCUUUUAAAACAAUAAUCAGAACAGCAUUAGGCUAUAAAAUAAAACCAUUUUCAAUGGUUCAAAAUGAAAUUCAAAUUAAUUUUCCAAUAUAUCCCAUGCUUGAUCUCUUAUUUUCAGCAUGAUCAUAAACCAGAAUGCAGUGGCCAAGUACUUAAUGUCACGUGUGAUAACUUCAAUUUAACACAGAGUCCUUGCCGUGCUAUUUCAAGCUUCAUUUAAAAGCUGAGGAGAACUGAGAAUCUUGUUUUAUGGGCUUAUAUUUUACUUACCUUAAUUCUUCUUAGAGUGAGCUAGUGAUAAUUUGGAAGAAAUACAAGUCAUAAAAACAGCUUUCUCCUUCCUGUUUAAGAUGAAACUGUUUCAGCUUUUGUUUUGGCUGGACUUUGAACCAGUGAAUGAAGAACACAGAAGAGGAAGUACAGAAAAAAAAAAAAAAAAAGAGGCAGAUAAAAGUGAGGGUGCUUGGUAACUUGAGACUGCAGAAUACAAGAAGUACACGUAUGCAGAGAGAACAACUUUGAAAGGAACUGCUGGUGAGUCAGGAAGGAGUCAUUUCCAGUCUGUCUCUUCUCCAUUCUCUAAAAGCAGUAGCCAUAAGCUUUUGUUUGCCAGUUAAACAUCAAGGUGGUCUCUGACAGUCACGCUGGAUAGCGCUGCUUGCACAUUUGUUACAUGUACAACACCAGCUGUGCCUACUGAGUGUCUUCAGCUGAGAUCUACUGCAACAUCAGCUGGGUACAUGCAGCUCUAAUGGCUGCCUCUUUCUAAUAUAUUAUUGUGAAAUACUAAAAACUGCUUUUCUCCGCCCUCCCCUUCCUCUUCUGCCCACUAGGUUAAGCAACAAUGGCAUUUGUGAAGAGCGGAUGGCUGCUCCGGCAGAGUACUAUUCUACGGCGUUGGAAGAAGAACUGGUUUGAUCUGUGGUCUGAUGGCCGCUUAAUAUUCUAUGAUGAUCAAAAUCGCCGUGAUCUAGAAGAUAAAAUCCACAUGCGGAUCCACUGCAUCAACCUCAGAGUGGGAAAUGAAUGUCGAGAUUUCCAGCCUCCAGAGGGGAAGCAGAGAGACUGUUUACUGCAGAUUGUUUGCCGUGAUGGGAAGACAGUCAACCUCUGUGCAGAGAGUGCAGAUGACUGCCUGGCAUGGAAAAUUGCUCUCCAGGAUGCCAGAACAAAUACAGGCUACAUGGGAUCUGAUGUGAUGUAUGAUGAGACAGCCAUUUCCUCAGCCCCUCCUCCCUACACAGCUUAUGCCACACCAUCACCUGAGGUAAGAGUUUAUGGCUAUGAUCAAUACCAUGGUGCGUAUCCCCCGGUGGGCCCUCAGAUCUUCUAUGCCUCCAAUGGACAAGCUUAUGCUCUUCCCUAUCAGUAUCCAUACCAAGGACCUUAUGGCCAGCCCACUACAAACCACGUCAUCAUUCAAGAGCGCUACCGUGACAGCGAUGGAGAUCUUGCACUGGGCAUGCUGGCUGGAGCAGCAACUGGAAUGGCUCUGGGAUCAUUAUUUUGGGUCUUCUAGAUUACCCUUUCCUUAUCUCUGUAGUUUCAAACCCCUUUAUUGUGUGCAAUAAUAUAUUUGCAAUGUUGUUUACUGU